AUGUGGUCCAAUGCCAGCAACUACGAGUACAACAAUGCCUCACAUAGCGGGGGAGCAAUCAUGUCGUUUGACGAGUCGAAUGCAACUGUGACCAGUUCCACUUUUGCAAACAACAUAGCAGCCUAUGGAGGUUCUGUUUAUGUCGGGGUGUCUUCGUCCAUGUGGUCCAAUAGCUGCAUCUAUGAGAACAACACUGCCACAGAUACCGGGGGAGCGAUCUAUGUGUUUAGUUCUUCGUCUGUGUCGUCCAAUGCAUGCAUCUACCAGUACAACACUGCCACUGACAGCGGCGGGGCAUUCUAUGUGUAUGACAAGUCGAACGCAACUGUGGGCAGUUCCGUUCUUGCACUACACAACGCAGCUACCUAUGGAGGCGCCGUUCAUGUUUGG